GCGGCGGCGCCGCGGCAGCAGCUGGGUUGACACCGGCUGUGGGGCGCGGGGCGCCCCUUGGGACCCCCGAGCCCCAGGGAGAAGAGUGCCUUUCCCCGCUAGCCCCUACCGGUUCCAAGCUCUUUGGUUCAGGGCUUCGUUGCCGAAAGCUCUGGGGCUCCAGCGAAUCUCAUCCAAACCCAAUACCUCUCAGCGCCCAGGAGCCGUGCCUGCUGUCAGCCCCCGCAGCGACCUGUGUUUCUGUCCCCCACUCUGCUCUUCCCGCUACCCCUAGACUCUGUGUCCGGAGCCCCUGGGCUAGCCCUCAUCCGCCCUUUUUGGUUCUGGGGCAAGAUGGCUCGGGCAAAGCAGAGCGCAAGGACUCUGGCCUGGGCGCACGGGGCUGCGUACCACUGAAAGCCGGGGUCCGAGAGGGAACCGGGGCGGGCUGGAUAGCCAGAAUGGAGCCGCCACCCUGCUCAAAGAAGAGCCUGUCCCUGUCGCUGCCUGGGGCUCGGGAUGGCCAGGCCACGCUGAGGCCACCCCAGCACCUGUGGCGCCAGCCACGGACCCCGAUCCGGAUCCAGCAGCGUGGCUAUUCUGACAACACAGACCGGGAGCGCGGAGCGCAGGGGGCAGAGCGGGGGGACUCUGAGCGGGAACGAGCUCCGCACCGGCCCAUAGAGCGUGCUGAUGCUGUGGACACGAGUGACCGGCCUGGCCUACGCAAGUCCCGCAUGUCCUGGCCCUCUUCUUUCCAUGGGACCUCGGCCAGUGGCAGCGGCGGCAAACGCUUUGAGGUGGAGAAUGGACCUUCUCCCUCCCCAGGACGCAGCCCCUUGGACUCGCAGGCGAGCCCGGGGCUGGUGCUGCCCCCCAGCGCCCCCCAGAGCCAGCGCCGUGAGUCCUUCCUGUACCGCUCCGACAGUGACUAUGACAUGUCACCCAAGACCAUGUCCCGAAACUCUUCCAUUGCCAGUGAAGUACAUGAAGACUUGAUUGUGACGCCCUUUGCCCAGGUGCUAGCAAGUCUAAGAAGUGUCCGAAGCAACUUCUCCCUCCUGGCCAAUGUGCCGGCCGCUGUUGGCAACAAGAAGUCCCCAAUGGGCAAUCAGCCAGCAGUGCACAAGGCCACGCUCUCAGAGGAGACGUACCAGCAGCUGGCCCGGGAGACCCUGGAGGAGCUGGACUGGUGCCUGGACCAGUUAGAGACAAUGCAGACCUACCGCUCAGUGAGCGAGAUGGCCUCCCACAAGUUCAAGAGGAUGCUGAACCGUGAGCUGACCCACCUAUCAGAAAUGAGCCGAUCGGGGAACCAGGUCUCGGAAUACAUCUCCACCACCUUCCUGGACAAGCAGGCUGAUGUAGAGAUUCCAUCCCCUACCCCCAAGGAGCAGGAGAAGCAGCUUCAGCAACGGCCACAGAGGCAACCCAUGUCCCAGAUCAGUGGAGUCAAAAAGCUCACCCACAGUUCCAGUCUCAGCAACUCGGGCAUCCCUCGAUUUGGGGUCAAGACUGACCAGGAGGAGCUAUUGGGCCAGGAACUGGAAAACCUGAACAAGUGGGGCCUUAAUAUCUUCCAAGUAGCUGAGUUCUCCAAUGGCCGUUCGCUAGGAUGUAUCAUGUAUACCAUAUUCCAGGAGAGGGACCUGCUGAAGACCUUCAAGAUCCCGGCGGAUACACUGGUGACCUACAUGCUGACUCUGGAGGACCACUACCACGCUGACGUGGCCUAUCACAACAGCCUGCAUGCCGCUGAUGUCCUGCAGUCCACACACGUGCUUCUGGCCACACCAGCGCUUGAUGCUGUGUUCACAGACCUGGAAAUCCUAGCUGCUUUGUUUGCCGCUGCCAUCCAUGAUGUUGACCACCCCGGGGUCUCCAACCAGUUCCUCAUCAAUACAAACUCAGAACUAGCCCUGAUGUACAAUGAUGAGUCUGUGUUGGAGAAUCAUCACCUGGCUGUGGGCUUCAAGCUGCUGCAGGAGGAGAACUGUGACAUCUUCCAGAACUUGAACAAGAGGCAGAGGCAAAGUCUUCGCAGGAUGGUCAUUGAUAUGGUGCUGGCCACAGAUAUGUCCAAACACAUGAGCCUUCUGGCUGACCUCAAGACCAUGGUGGAAACUAAAAAAGUGACAAGCUCAGGGGUCCUGCUGUUGGACAAUUAUACGGAUCGAAUACAGGUCCUUCGGAACAUGGUGCACUGCGCUGACCUCAGCAACCCGACAAAGCCCCUGGCACUGUACAGGCAAUGGACUGACCGCAUCAUGGAGGAGUUCUUCCACCAGGGAGACAAGGAGCGGGAGAGGGGCAUGGAGAUCAGCCCCAUGUGUGACAAGCACACGGCAUCUGUGGAGAAAUCCCAGGUGGGCUUCAUCGACUACAUUGUGCAUCCCCUGUGGGAGACGUGGGCGGACCUGGUUCACCCCGAUGCCCAGGAGAUUCUGGACACGCUGGAGGAUAACCGGGACUGGUAUCACAGCGCGAUCCCACAGAGCCCCUCGCCGCCCCCCGAGGAGCCGCCUGGCCAGCCCCAGGACAGGUUCCAAUUCGAACUGAUCUGUGAGGAGGACACAGCAGCCCCCAAGGCCCCGCUGGAGGGAGAGGACGAGCCAGCCCCCGAGAAGGGGCGGGCAGGCCCAGGCCAUGGCCCCGCAAAGGGCAGCCUGCCCGCCCCACCCUCCACAAGGCCCUUAAGUCCAACCGGAGCUUGGAUAAUUCCACAAAGCUGUCCCACACCAGACACCAUGGGGGAGGAAGAAGGGCGGCCGAGGGAGUCCACACCAGCCAAAGAGGAGCAGCAGCCAGCCAUAGUGCCGCCUCAGGAGCUGAAAGCAGAAGCAGAAGUAACAGAGGCCGAGGCCGAGACCGAGACCGAGGCCGAGACCUCCUCCCAAGCAGAGGAAGAACCCCCCAGGGAGGCUUGAGCCAGUCCAGGGGACCUAGGAUGUCCAGCCUGAGCUCCAUCUCCCCCUCCCUACGUCUUCCCCAGCCCUGGACUCCUCCACGUCCACCAACCACCUCAACCUGUUUCCGGAAGCAGCAGCAGCAAAAACUUGCAGUUUCGAAAAAAAAGAAAAAAGAAAACUAUUUUUCCCCCUUUUUCUUUUUUUUCCCUGCGGGGUUUUUUGGUGGUGGGAUUAGGGAUAGGGGUAGGGGAUGGAUGGGAAGGGGCGGGGGGGAGGGUAAAGGGGGGAGAUUUUUUCUGUUUUUAACUAUGAAGUUUUUAGAAAAAAAAAAGAAAAAAGAAAAAAAAAAAGGGAAUGAAACACAGCAACUGUAGAUGCCCUUCCCUACCCCAGCCUCUAGGGCUCAGUCUUCCUCGGCAUAGUCUGUGCCCAACUACUAACUUCUCUCUUGUCCUGCUGUGAGUAGGCCUCGGGGUGCCCCCUGCUGGGCAUAGCCAUCCUAGGGGGAGCAAGGGGUCUCUGUGCAUGGGGACCCCAUCUCCUAGCCAACGCCCACCCCGGGCUACCACCUUCAGGAAGUCUUCCUCUAUUUUGCACAGUGAUUGGCAAUACAGUGGGGAGCAGGGCUGGGUGAAGGGCGUGUGUGGUGGGGGGCUGGGCAGUGUGGUCAGCACCCUGAGCCGCUUUCUUUGCUCUUUUAAUUUUGCCAAAAACUCGGGCGUGUGUGUCUGGGGGGGCGGGCUGGGGGGGACGGAAGGGCAGGAAGGGCUGCCUCUCCCCCUCCCUGGCCCUGACCUCUCCUUGGGCCUCAGGUUUGCCUUUGGAGGGUGUGAUGAGUUUUUCUGGCCUCUGUAAUGGGCUGGAGGGGGAAGCUCUGCCUCCCUCCCACCUAGCUGCUGUUUGCUCUCCUGGUUUCUGCCUUAACCCCUCCCUGUGGCCUUGGGGGGACAGUGAGGGGAGCUGGGGAGCAGAGGGUCCGUGCUCAGGAGACUGCAGUUCCCCCUCAACCCCCCUCCUUCCCCUCCCCAGCUGGUCCCCCAUGGGGGGGAGCUCCAAGCAAUAAAUUCCACCCGACCCCAAACCCAAUCCCACUCCUCCCUUUCCCCCCUCCCCUGGCAGCCCCCACUCCUGCUCCUUUGGGAACCAAAGCUGCCUCUCUUCUCCUGGUAACCCCUGCCCUGAUUUUCCCUCUGGCCUCUGCCAGGUGCCCCAACCACUGGGGGCUGAGAGGCUCUUGGGUCACAGGUCAGAAAGACAGGACUCCCCCUUUCCAUCUAGAAGUGCCCAGGCAGGGAAGGAGCUGGGGUCCGCUCUGGACGGAACCGCCCUCAACGGAGGCUGUGGAGGUAGAAAGGGGGCAGUGGUAUUUCUUUUCCUUUGCUGCACCUCUCCUUUCCUUGCCAAUUCUGAUCACACACAGUACUGUAGCAGCAAUCAGCCCUUUCUUUUGUUCCUUCAUCUGUGAUCCAUUUCUGUCCUUGGCUCCCUUCUCUGGCUUUCCAUCUCCCCCUUGCCCAUCAUUAGUCGUUUCUGUUUGAUGAAAGAGCAGAAAGACCUGGCUUCCAAUCCUGGUUCUGGCACUAGCUGUACGGCCUUGGGCAAGCCUCGGUUUCCUCCUUUUUAAUAUGGAGAUAAUAAUCACUUACACUUCCUACCUCACAAGGUGGUUGUGAGGAAAGUGCUUUGUAAACCUUGAAGCCCUCUAAAUAAAUGUGAGUUAUUAUCGCCCUCCUCCUCCCUCCCUCCUCCUGUCUGCUGGUCCUUCGGCCUCAGUGGAUCCCAGGCCCUUCCUCACACCUCCUUGCCUCCCCUUCCUCCCCCGCCCCUGGGCUCCUGUACAGGGUUUAUUUUUGUAAAGAAAGUGGUUUCUGUCCAGCUGGUCAGGGUGGAGGCUGUGCCGCCGCCGUCUGUACAUACUGUAAGGAUGGAUUGUAAAUUAUUCUCCAGUAGAAUAAAGGGAAAAUGGCCUCCCCCCAAGUCAUCCCCUCCCGAGCCUCUAAUGCUGUCCCAUUCCGUCCGUCCUCCCCUCCGGCCGCCGGGAGGGAGAGGGGUUGGGGAGGGGGCAGGGGAGCCUCCUGGUGAGGCGGCCUCCGGUGUAUUUAUAUUGUGUAAUAUAGACAAGUGGGAGAGCGCAAUUAUGAUGAUUCUCAUGCGUUGUGUCAGGGGAAGAGAGGAGGCAGAAAUUGCUCACCCCUUCUUCCUUAGAGGAUGGGGGGUAUGGCUGGUAAUGGAGAAAAGGAAAGUGGCUUUGGGCCAUUGUCCUGCCGCCCAGCCCACUCUCCCCAAGGCCCUGGAAAAGCUAGGCGGGGGUAGAGAAGGGGGAACCCCAGCACCCCCCGGCCGCAGAGGGAUGAUGGAAGGGGGGUUGUGGUGGCCGGGUGAGGGCUCUGCAAUUCUCUGGCGUUUUGUCCACUGGGCUGUCAGUGGUGUCUCCAAUUAAAGUGAGGCCUUAACAGA